AACACCAAGCUGUUACAAUUACAUUAAGUUAAAUCCAUUACAAUGGAAGGAAUGGACAUUGAUGAUUAUUCAAGAGACAGGUCGAGAUCUCCUGUACGUGAACGCAGUGAUAAUAAUGACGUAGAAUCCAGUGCCGCUUCUACAACAUCGUCAUAUUCUCGUCGAGAUUAUUCUUACCGAUCAGACAGAUCCGGAUAUGGCAAUGAGAGACGUGGUGGAGGAAGACGUGAUCAUGGCAGUUAUGAUCGUCAUGAUCGUGGCCGCAGAGAUUAUGGCAGAGGCAGAAGUCGUGAUUAUUCGUCCCGGGCCGAAUAUUCUAGUGGAGGCACCUCUGACGAAAGCUACCGUGCCAAGACGGAAAGAAAUUACGAUAAUUCUAUAUUCAUUGGUAAUAUUCCGUUUGAUUGUUCUGAUAAAGACGUGGCCGAUAUUUUCUCCAAGGAUUUCACAAUUGUUAGAUCAGAUAUUGUCACCAACCGUGGUCGAUCUCGUGGGAUGGCCACUAUCGAAUUCAAUAACAAAGAGGAUGUUCGUAGCGCCAUUGAAAAGUUUGAUAGGUCGGAGUAUAGAGGAAGAGAAAUUUUCGUUAGACAGGAUUACCCCCCACCAGAAAAGAAGGAGGAGUUUAGAGAAAGAAGAGAAACUUAUGAUAAUAGAAGAGAUAAAAGUUAUGAAUCUAGAAGAAGAGACCAGCAUCAACAACAUCAACAAUCUAGUAAGCCUGGAUGUGAAAUUUUCGUGGGUAAUUUACCAUUUUCUAUAAAUUGGCAAGCAUUGAAGGAUUUGAUGAGAAAAGCCGGGGAUGUCAUUAGAGCCGAUGUUAGAAUGGACAAUUGGGGAAAAUCCAGAGGAUUUGGAACUGUUGUUUUCGGCACCGAAGAAGAAGCUAAUAAAGCCGUGGAAAUGUUCCAAGGGUAUGAAAUUGAAGGAAGAAAACUUGAUACUAGACCAGGACGUAAUCAAUCAAGUGCUUCCAAUGGUAGUAACACCAGCGACAGAAGCUCUUAUCGUGAAAGAGAAAGAGCAAGCUCGCAGCCUGUGGUUAAACCAUCUGAAUUUACCGAUGGUGUAACUGCUGGUGGAGAAAGAUCAGAUACCAUAUAUGUAAGCAAUUUACCAUUUGCCACUCAAAAUGAUGACUUAUUUGAAUUAUUUGAAACUGUUGGUAGAACCACCAAGGCUGAAAUCAUUUUAGAUCCAAUAACAGGUCGACCAUCAGGAAAUGCUGUGGUACAAUUUGAAUUAGCCGAACUUUCAGAUAAUGCGAUUGAGAAUUUGAACAAUUACUUGUAUGGAGGAAGAAAUAUUCAAAUCAGUUAUGCAAAACGUCCGGAACAAGUUUAACACUCUUUGCAUGUUUAGUAAUAAUUAUGUAGCUAUUUUUUUUUAUAUAUAUAUAUAUGUAUCAUUACAGUCAUUAUUCCGCUUG